AACUAAAAACUGAAAAUCAUGUGGUCCACGCCAUUACUCAGGUGCAAACUUUCUCCACUUGUUUGUCAAGUCUUUCAUCAUUCCCCGCACUUCCAUACUAACUGAGUCGCUGGAUCUCGCUCCGUCAACUCACUGACUCAUCUCCCAAAUCAAUCGGCGACUCAAAUCAUUCUUUGUACUCACUGAUUUAACUCAAAUCAUAUAAUCGAAUUCCAUUUCUCUUCAAGGAUCACUGAUUAGAUUUUGAGUGCUUUUUGUGUUGAAUUGGGGUUUUCUGAAAAGAAUGAAUUACCUCCUUGGAGCUUUCAAACCUGCUUGUCAUAUUUCUAUAACAUUUGCCGAUGAAAAGAAUCGAAAGAAGGUUCCAAUCAAGAAAGACAAUGGUCAAACUAUCAUGGUUCCGCUUUUUCAAAGUCAAGAAAAUAUUAUUGGCAAGAUCUCCGUAGAACCGGUUCAAGGAAAGAAAAUUGAACACAAUGGUAUAAAGGUGGAACUUCUCGGCCAAAUAGAGAUGUAUUUUGACAGGGGGAACUUUUAUGACUUUACCUCUCUAGUUCGUGAAUUAGAUGUCCCUGGUGAAAUAUAUGAAAGAAAAACAUAUCCCUUUGAAUUUUCCACUGUCGAAAUGCCGUAUGAAACAUAUAAUGGGGUGAAUGUAAGACUUAGAUAUGUCCUCAAAGUAACCAUUAGCCGAGGUUAUGCUGGAAGCAUUGUGGAGUACCAUGACUUUGUGGUUCGCAAGUAUUCUCCACUCCCAGCAAUUAACAAUAGCAUCAAGAUGGAAGUUGGAAUUGAGGAUUGCCUACAUAUUGAAUUUGAAUACAACAAAAGCAAGUACCAUUUGAAGGAUGUUAUCAUAGGAAAGAUAUAUUUUCUUCUGGUAAGAAUCAAGAUAAAAAAUAUGGAUCUUGAAAUCAGGCGUCGGGAGUCCACUGGAUCUGGUGCAAAUAUGCAUGUUGAGACCGAGACACUUGCCAAAUUUGAGUUGAUGGAUGGGGCUCCUGUCAGAGGUGAAUCAAUUCCUAUUAGGCUCUUCUUAAGUCCAUAUGAGCUGACCCCUACACAUCACAACAUCAACAACAAAUUCAGCGUCAAAUAUUAUCUCAACCUUGUUCUUGUUGAUGAAGAAGACCGUCGAUAUUUCAAACAACAGGAAUUUACAUUGUACCGUCUUGCUGAGAAUUCGAGUUAGCUAUCCUUUCUAAGCUCUAAUAAAAUCUGAUAAGCUAGGUGACUCACUGAUUCUUGAUAAAUAGUGUAAAGAGAGAUGUGAGUUUACUCUUUUUGCUAGAAAGGGUUUGGUCUUGAUGUAUCGUCGAUUCAUUGUGAUGUAUUCCUGUUCAUUUUCAAUUUCUUUUUUGUCCGGUUUUUCUCUGUUCUUCAUAUUUAGCAAUCUUUCUUGUACAUUAGUGUGAUUGUUUAAUGUUCAUAUGCUGUCUGGAAGUUUCAUUUCCAAGCUUAAUGUUCAUAGUUUUGUAUUCCGCAAUGAAUUUUAAUUUGUAGUUGGAAAUAAGACCGCAAAAAGUGAAUGAAAGAAAUAAGUGGAUGU